AUGCAGGAUCUAGCUAAAUGUAAAUCUAUAUUAGUAAAGGACCUGAGAUGCGAGAAGGAUACCCUCGUUGAUUAUUAUAAAAAUCUAUCAGAUUCUUGCGAUGUAAUAUUAGAGGAUUGUUCAACCUCUCAUAUAGAUAGCUGUUUAUAUGAGAUGUGCGAAUGUUUCACGUAA